ACAUGUAUAAAUUUUUGGGGCCCAUUAUAGCUUACUGUUCUGUGUGAGCCAAGGCUCCGUAUUGAAGACCAUACUGUGACCUAUAAUGGUUUACUUUUAUAAAUUUUGACUUGGAUGGAGAGUUGUCUCAUUCAAUUUGGCACUCAUACCACAUCUUCUUAUAUCUAUAUCUGAACAUUGCAAGGUUAUGAACUCAGAAAAAGUGAUAUCGGUUGGAUACAUCCAAAGAGAGCUUUAGUUUUCACUACGACUGCAAGUUAUUUUAUUAUCUGCACGAGUUGAUGUUACGGAUAAGCGGCAUUAUAAGUCGUAAGCAUCAUGGGAAAUAUUAGUGAUCUGAGAAAGAGAGGUUGUUUCGUAACUAACCUUACAGGAUUUCUGUUGGUGAUACUGGUAAUCUGUCUGCUAGUGGUAGUGGCUGUCAUUGUUUAUUUCACAACGUUGGAUAUUAAAUGUUCUUCGUCGAAUGAAUCAGAUGGGAAAGUGGCUAAUAAGACACUGCAUAAAGCGCCGUCUGUUGACAGGAAUUUUCGACUACCACUCAACUUGUACCCGACUGUUUAUGAAAUUGAGAUUCAGCCAUAUAUCUAUGGAGACAACUCAGAAGACUUUUUCUUCUUUGGUCACGUGAAAAUAGAAGUAGAUUGCAGGUCUUCAACAAAUGAAAUUAUUCUACACAGUAAGAUGCUGAAUAUCACAGAAAAUACUAUCGAAAUUCGGCCAAGCGGAAACCAUAACGACACAAUAAAUUCUACUUUAGAAUAUGAUACAGACAAUGAGUUUAUAUUACUGAAAUUAAGUAGAUUGGUAGUAGCAGGAAACAGAUACAUUGUAGAAAUGGGAUUUGAUGGACAUUUCUCUGAAGAUUUAGAUGGAUUGUAUCUUAGUUCGUAUGUUCGUGACAACUCUACGGUAUACCUUGCUACAACGCAUUUUGAAGCCAUCCAUGCCAGGAAAGCAUUUCCAUGUUUUGACGAGCCUGCAAUUAAAGCAAAUUUUAAGAUAACUCUCGUCAGGAAAAAGCAUAUGAUUUCCUUGUCAAAUACCCGUAUUAUGUAUCAAGACAAUAGAACGGAUGAUUGGGUUGCUGACCAUUAUGAAGAAACCCCUUUGAUGUCAACUUAUAUCUUAGCUUUUAUUGUUUGUGACUUUCAAUAUAGCACUGACGUCUCAAAGUACAAUGUAACAUUUAGGUCAUGGGCAAGGAAUGAAGUAGUGGAUCAAACGCCUUAUUCUUUGAAAGUUGGAAUCAACAUCUUAACACAUUUUGAGGACUAUUUUAAUAUCAGCUUUCCUCUGGCUAAGUCAGGUUAAGUUCAUAAUAUUAAUGGUCUCGGGUGGAAGUAAGCUCUGACAUAUCUGCGGACAAGGCAAUCUGACAAACGAAAAACCUUAUAGAAUUGA